AGAUACGCUCCGAUCACCAGUUGGAUGGUGGAUAGCGAGACGCUCACAACUCGUAGUCUUUCCUUCCGAUAUUCAUUUUCCCCAGCGAAAUAUAUUUUUUUCACUGAACUGACCAUUUUUUGUUUUUUCUUGUUUAUUUUCGUUGAGUGCGCCGUUGACGCUCCGUUUCCUUCAAAUAUCCGCCACCUAGUCUACUCGCCUCCAUUUACAGUGCGAUAUGAUGGAUAGGCUGUGUCCGUACAUGUGAACUGAAUCGUGUCCAAAACGAUCGGCGAUGAUGGAUUAAAAGAAACUCGGUCUAACUUCAAACGUAUUUUUCAUUCUUCCUACUAUUUUUUGCUGUCGGCUUCUUUCUGAUUCAUCUCUGGCCGCUUUCCGUUGGCCGAUUCGAGACUAAGAUCUUAUCACUAGCCCCUCCCGGAAGGGGAAACGGAAUCCGCAGUUGGCAUCAUGGAUCAUUGGGCAAUAUCGUCGAUGCUGGCCACCGUUUUCGCGCUGGCCGCUUUGACCGCAAGGCCCGGCUCAGCUCAAAUGAUGUCCAUUGAAGAGGAUAGAUUUGGACAUCUUUUCGACAUCGAUUCCGCCUCAGACGAAAUGGCCUGCUACUAUUGCGUCAACGUGACUAGCAACGAGAUUUGCAACCGCUUCGCCAUUGAAAGACCCUGCCCAACAGAAGAUUUGAGCGUUUGCCACACACAUCACGUGAUGGACGAUCGGGGGGAAACGUUGGCCGUCACGAAAACGUGCGCUACUCCGCAAACAUGUUUCUCGCAAGUCGGUUGCCGUCGAGAUAAAUCAACCAAUCAGACGGUGUGCGUCAAUUGCUGCGAUUUGCGUUACUGCAACGUGGAAGUGGCGUUCAACGCCAGUACGGCCGUUUUCCAUCGGUCAAACGACGACGGGACGGCCGCCUUUUCGUCGGCUACUCACGAAAUUAAUGGGACGACCGCAACGGCCGUCCUUCUCGGCCUACUAUUCCUCUUUUCAACAUCAAUUUAACCUGAUUCAAAAGAAAAUUGACGUGUAAAUUUCUGCAGUCAUAUCAGAACCGAAUGAAUAAUUUUGUUUUGUU